UCCCCAAAUCUCUCCCUCCCUCCAACCAACCCCUCGCCUCCCCCGCCGCCCCGUCGCGCCGGCGGCAAGCACGGCCCGGCGCGGCACGCCGAGAAUGCCACCUUCCAAUGGAGAACACCCACCGUUCCUCCCCAUCCCCAUCCUCUCCGGCGCAACGACCCUCCCUCCCCCGCCCCCCUCCUCGCCGCCCCACCCCAUGCCGCCGCUCUGCUUCCGCCACCUCUCCCCCUGCCCGCGGUGGUCCGCCUGGGUCGCCUCCGCGCUCCGCGACCCCGCGUACGCGCCGGCCCUCCGGGGCGCCGGGAUCAGCGACGCCGUGGGCGCCUCCGCCGCCACCGUCAACCCCGACCGCGGCGCGCUAGCGGCGCUGCUGUCGCUCUGGGACCCGGCCUCCCACGCCUUCCGCCUCCCCGCCGGGGCCGCCACGUUCUCCCUCGAGGACGCACUCCUCCUCGCCGGCCUUCCCCCCUCCGGCGCGCCGCUGGACCGGCCCCUCACCCCCGAGGAGGAGGACCUCCAAAUCCGCCUCCUCGUCGAGAAGGAGAAGAUCAGGGAGCUCCACCCCUGCGCCCGCGACGCCCGCCACGUGUCGGCGGAGGUGUGGCUCGAGUGGUUCGACAGCAGCAUCCGCCCCGGCGAGGAUGACGAGCUGCGGCGGCUCGGGUUCAUCGCGUACUGGCUCGCGUUCUUCGUUACUCCGCGGCUGCAACCUAGGAGCGGCGAGUUGCCGGAUUGCGCAUUCGCGCUCGCUGCUCGUCUAAGUCUUGGAGAGCGCAUUGCCCUUGGCCCAGCGAUGGUAGCCAAUCUGUAUGCCGACAUGGAUAGGAUUGUUACCUCUGGGGUGAUGGAGGGGUUCAGCGGGCGUGUUGAUACCUGGGGUCCUCUCUUGCUUCUUCAGGUGUGGAUAUGGGAGCGUUUCGACCGCCUGCGCCCGCCGCCACUGAAGGCUCCACCAUUUCCCGUCUCAAAUGCCCGGGUACACCUCUGGAGCCGGAGGAAGAGGACAACCACACAGGAGGAGGCUCAACGGGUUUUCCAGGACGAGGCAUGCUUUUUGUGGAGGCCAUACCAGCAUAACUUGCCAAACUGGAGGCAACCAGAGUGGUUCAAUGACACAACCACUUCAGUGUGCUCUAAAAGUAGAAAUAAGCCAAAGUGGUUGAAGGAUUACAGUGUAAUUAUUAGUCAAGCAGUGUUGACUGGACGGUAUGGUGAUGGGAUUGUCAAUUCAGUAAUGUAUAACCCGCACCUUGUUUCUAGGCAGUUUGGCUAUGAUCAAGAUUACCCAAUUUCUACCAUCCAUGAUUCUGAUUCAAAUGGAAUUGAGGUUUUGAUACCAAGUAUUGGUAGACAUGGAGUUGCCAGCAAGGAUUAUGUUGCAUGGUGGAAUGCACGAUUCGAGAGGCAUCAGGAAACCAAUCAAUACGAUUGUAGGAUGAUGGCAAACAAGGAAAAUGACAUGAGUACAUGGCCUCGGAGUGCAGAUCUGAUAACUGUGGUGCAGAUGGCUGUUGAUAAAUUUAGGAAAGGUACCAAACAAGAGAACAGCAAAUGCAUCACAAAAGGGCAGUUACCACAACUGGGCAAUGUUGCUCCUGACAACAAAUCCAAGACAAUUGUCCUAGGCCUUAGUGCAUUUGAUUUUGACUGCAGCCAAAAUACAGUGAAAAGAAAAGAUGACAUAAAAAAAGUACGAUUUAAAUCAGCCAAUGUGAAGAGGAGGAAGAAGAAUAAGAAAAACAAGGUGUCUGCCAAUGAGUGUGGUGAAGGUCCCCAAUUCUAUGAUUGGGUGCCAUUAACUGUAAGUGAUACUGAAAAUAAUUCAUUGCAACUUGAAGUUCAGGAGUGCUCUGCACCACAAGAAGAUUCUUACUUUUCCAGUAAGAGAUGUGAUGAGCUGAGCCAACUUGACAAUGAUGAAUGUAUUGUUCUUGAACCACCUCCUAAGAAUUGUGAAGUAAUAAAUCUUGAUGAUGAUGAGGAACAUAGUGUCCCUGAUCCCAAACAUCAUGAUAGGCAACUUGUGCUUGAGCUGGAACAGUUUGUGCGCUCUGGGCUUCUGUCACAACGGGAGGAAAGCUCCGAUGAGGAUGAGGAAGAUGGAAGAAACCGAGAGAUUCUGAAGGAUAGUAAAUAUGACCCUUUUUCUGAAGCAGCUAGGAGGGAAUACCCUCUUUUCUUUGAGUUCAUCCCCCAGAAACCACAUUACCGAGGGUUACUGAACAACGAUGAAGCUCUAGGAGAUCUAGCCUGCAGUGGACUAUGGUUUUUGCUUGUUGGUUUAGCUAAGGAGGUACUCGAUACAUCCUGUGAUACAGAUGCUUCUGAGAUUGUUUGUUUGAUGAAAAAAGCUCAGGAAUUGGAGCAACUAGGGUUCAAUGUGAAACAUUUCAUUGCCCGCUUGAAGGAGCCACAAAGCCGUCUUAGGAUGCUUCAAGCUUCUAUUGCAAGGCUUGAGGAUGCUCGGAAGAAAGAGCAGGAAGCAAACAGGUUGCAAUCACUGUCAAGCCAUCUGAGUAAACUGAAACACAAUAUACGAACAAUGGAGCGGCAUUUGGAUGAAAAUAAUCAAGCUUCUAGUUCAUCUAUAUUCAGUUUAGAGAAGGAAGUAGAAGCUGCUGAAAAAUAUUGUCAGGCAAUGAAGGAUGAAGUGAUUGCAUUGAAAAUGAGCCAUUCAAACCUUUGAACAUGAAGCAAUGGAUUGCUGUGGCAUCGACUGAAUGAAAUGGAUGAUUCUUCCCAAUGUAGAUUGUAGAGCAUGCUUGUCAGUUUUAUUUUCAUCAAGCAUGUUUGGAUGUGGGCCUCAUAUUUCUCAGAAAUUUCUACCUUUAAUUUUUUUAUAACCAUUUGUCAAAUACUGUGCACCCUUUUUUAAACACUAAAAAGUCACUUUACAACUAUGGUGCAAUAUACGGUGAGUAUUGAUUUAAUAGCGCUAUGUGCAGAGCUAGAAUAAAGACCUGUUUUUCCGCUGUAAAACUGGUCGCAUCUAAUGUGAUCAGAAUGCAAGCUAAAUUUUUGUUCUUUCCAUUCUGGGCAGAUUGUUAGACUAAAAGAGAUUAUUUCCAGG